AUGGCCACCAACACAGGCGUCGAAUCGGCGUGGAAGAUCAUCCCGGCGCUGAGAUCGCGCGACAUCACAGCGACGGUGAAGUUCUACACAGAGGACCUGGGAUUCUCCCUGGGCGGAACCCAGUCCGACAACGAGGACGAUCCCGAUGCUCGGCCCUACUUCUGCUCUAUCUACACCGGCGACAAGGCGGCUGCCAAUAUGUACUUCUUCAGGUGCGAGCCAACCGAAUUCGUCCCUGGGCGAGCACAUAUUGCGCUGGGAACGGCCGGCCUGGAUGAUUUCCACGAGUUCGUGAUCGCCAGGGGAGUGGCGAAAGUGACCGAGCCGAUCCGUGAUAUGCCAUGGGGCUAUCGGCAGUUCACCAUCGAGGACGUGGAUGGAAAUCACUUGACGUUUUUCAAGUUUUUGGAAGGGGGAAAUCCGGGAACCGACUGA